GACGAGGCCACUUUACUUACUUGUUUUCAUUCCUUUGCGGACCUACGAGAAACACCUCGUGCCUGCCUUGUCCUGCUUUCCAUUCACUUCCUGUUACAAUGGAGCCACCACCUCCCCCAGCGCACGAUUUCCGCCCCGUGAACCCUAGAGGUGGUGUGGAAGUCCUCGACGACCCUUUCGACGAGAUACCUGGGUCGCCUGUGCAUCAUGAAGAGCGGAGGCCCAACGUUCAACAGCGCUUCUCGGCAAUGUCAUUCCAUGACGAUGUGCAGGGAGCUCGGCCACGUGCUGAACGUAUCAGGCCGGUCAAUGAUCUCCCUGAGGCUCAAAACUACAUUUAUUAUCGCGUGGAGAAGGCGGGCGAAGACUGGGGUACUGCUAUGCCAUCGAGGAUCUGGGCACCCGUCUCUGAGAUUGAGAAAAGAGCUCGCAAAGGCAGAGGCGGUGACCGGCCUAUCCUCGAGCAAAUGACACAGAUGAAUAGGAUGCGAAGGGACCAGAUUGAAGAUCUUGUACAUAGGGCCAAUCUUCGCGAGACUGGAGGCAGCGUGUGGGAGCCUGUCUACGUCAAGACAAAGAGGAUCGACAAACCCAAUGGAAGAUUCGAAGUGCCGGAGAUGGACGUCAUACUGGCUCGGAUUAGAGGACGACGGCAAAAUCGGCCGACAUCUUUCGGUGAAGACGUCGUGAAUGUCAGAGAAGGAAGAGUCAAGGAGAAGAUAUACGCCGACGACGUGUAUGCGCGUCCCCGGAAGGAUUCGGUGCUGGACAAGCUCGAGGAUCCCGUCGCUAAUCGGCCACUCUUCGGGCUCGAUGGACGACCAAUGGACGAUUUGGGUCCAGUCAACUUCGAAAAUGGUUCACUCCCACCUCACAUUGCCCGAGAAAAGCCGCUUGGAGCAAAGCCCGAGAAAGAAAAAAAGCGCGACAAAAGUGAAAACCGCAGCAAGUCCCGGGACAAAGGUCACCACGAGGACGGCGAUGGCGUUGUAGUUGUGGAUGAUGGGGCCGACUUUCAUGCUUCUGGAGCUCUAUUCGGGGCGAUCGACGACAGGCAUGGACGAAAAAGGGGCAAGUCUCCGCGACCUCGUGGUCACCCUCAAGUUGAAGGUCGAAGGUCUCAUUCGCGAUCGCGUCCGCCUGCCGGGAACCGCGGCCACUCCCGGGCGACUUCACACUUGCGCAGGGAAUCAGUGCACUUCCCAAACCGACAUACACAGGAAUAUCUGCACGGCAGCAGUGCUUCCUCACAAACCAGUGACUCUAGUCAUUUUGGACGCGACGAUGCAGAAAGUUCCAAUACUUCAUUUACCUCUGGCGGUGGUCCGCGACGUGGCAGCUUGCAUCACGGCCGCCCCGAACCUGAGAGGGUGUAUUAUAAACAGCAUCAUCGUGGACCGACGAGAAGUGCCUCGUACGCCGACAAUCCGUAUCAUGGUGAGGAGAGGUACAUUACACCGGCUCGAACACCAGGACGUGAGUACACGUACCGCGAGCAACGACCGGAUGCUCGAUACGAGCGUCGACCUCCUGCUGUGAUCCGCCAGACGACAUUGCCGAUCGACUAUCAUGGCGGUCAGGACCUCGUGCGGGCUCGUCGCUUCAGUGAUCAGCCACGGUAUCUCCUACGGGACACAGUGCCACCCAUGGCCGUUUUCCCGGACGAGGAGCAGGAUGUGUAUUUCCGCGAUCCGGUUCAACGACGGUCGUCCAGGAUUGAAGGCUAUCAGAACGAACGUAUCAGAGAGGACUGGCUUAGGGACAGGGCGCGCGAGGAGAGGGAACAGGCCGCUGCGUACUAUGAUGAUAGGUGGGAGCAGUCAGACCGGGUUUUCAUUGAUGAAAGAACUGGACGACCGGUGCGAUUCAUCUAUGAAGAGUGAUUUGGUGGUAGACCUGUGUUGACUCUGAGGUUGAAUUGCUGGAGCAGGAGGGUACAA